UCUUGUCGUUCGAGGAGUUCGAAAAGGCGUUACUGUCCGCGACUCCAAGUCGGGGUGGAUUGAACAGAGGCGCCGACGGUGCAGGUGAUUCCCCUGGUGCGCCGACGGGGAUAAACUGGCGAUUGCUCGUCGAGGACAUCUUGGUGCAGCCACUUUUCUUCGGGAUUUUUGCUGUGCUCGCUAAACCAGCAAUACGCGGGCAGGUGAAAUCUUCGUGGAGUGUGACAUUACACGGCGCCUGUCUAGGGAUACUCUGGUCACUACCACUUUUCGCGUACGGACUGUUCCUCGAAACGCGACGAGACUGGCGUUGGGUGCGAAAGGCCCAGGCCACAACGGAACGCGCCGUCUUCAACCUCUUCGGGAGCAAACGCCAGGUGACAAAGGUGGCCGCGGUUUCGAUCCCCUUGUCGAUGAUUGUCAGCGUUUCCGAAGAGUGCGGGUUCCGAGGAUUUCUACCCCUCAUACUCGCAACCCACACCAGCUUGCCUACGGCCGCCAUCGUGGUCCUCUCGGGGAUCUUUUGCGGGGUGCUCCACGCCGUGUCGUUGGCGUACUUCCUGAACGCCACUUUGAAUGGUAUUUUCUUCCACUGCCUACUGCUCUCCACGGGAAACAUCCUCGUGCCGAUGGUAGCACAUGCUGUCCACAACGCCUUCGCCCUAGUGCACUGCCACCUCAAGACAUCUGGAGGAGAACCAGUCAAGUAAGAGCAUCACUGCGGGGGAUCUUCACCAAAUACCACGGAACGUAACCUGCCGGCCUUUGCGUUAAGUAAAUACCAGCGGUCGUUCGACAGCGUGGUAAAUUUCCCUGUGUUAACCCCUUUUGGAGACACUUUUUGUCCCCAUCUUCU